AUGGUUGUUGAUGUUUGGUAUCUACCUCCUGAAACUGCUCUCCCUGGUGAAGAUGGCAUCAGCUUCUCUAGUCGCGUCAAACGGAAGAUUGCCACUUGUGGUGGUUUAGUCGAUUUGGAAUGGGAUGGUGAACUGAAACGUAACCAGCCCAAGCCAACUCUUCGAAUUGCUCAACAAAAACUUUUCAGAGAUUUAAUUGGAGCUUGUGACGGAGAGAAGUCACCAAAGCCUACAAUCAGCGACUAA